CCCUCCUUCCACCGUCUGGCGCGUAACUCUACUCUCUCUCUCUCUCUAACCUAGCCCCUCGCAGCUGAGCUUUUCCUCUUUUCUCCUUCUUUGUCAAUGGCGGAAGUCGAAGCCGCCAAAGGUUCAGGCCUAUCCCAGGACUAUCUGUUGAAGGACAAGGAAGAGAAUGUGGUGGAAAUAGUCACUAAACCUGUUGAAGAUGAGGCGGAAAAACCUUUAGAAACUCCUUCUGAGGAAGCUCCUAUCUCUCAGAAACCCGAGGAAACUCAACCUGCUAGUGAAAAUGAGCCUACUGUGGAAGCCCCUCCUUCUCCUGCUAUAGAAAAUGAUGAUAAAGUAGCUGAUGCUGGUGAAAAUACUGAAAGUUCUAAUGAAAGCGUCGGUGAAGCCACUGAUGAAGCUGCUGCUGCUGCCACUGAAAGUGAUGAAAAUCAAGUCACUGAAGAGGAGGAAAAACCUGAGAUACAGCUUGAGACAGCACCAGCAGAUUUCCGCUUUCCAACUACUAAUCAAACAAGGCAUUGUUUCACCCGGUAUAUUGAGUAUCAUCGUUGCGUAGCUGCUAAGGGUGAUGAUGCUCCGGAGUGUGAUAAAUUUGCCAAGUAUUAUCGUUCCCUUUGCCCGGGAGAAUGGGUUGAUAGAUGGAACGAACAAAGAGAAAAUGGAACAUUUGCGGGUCCACUGUAAAAUGGGAGAAGCCUGUCUUGUUGAAGGGGUUGUAACCAUGUUGUUUUCUGAGACUGAGAAAAUAAAAGCUCCAGGAAAGAGGAGAUUGAAAAAGGCAAAGAUACAGUAAAUUUUAAUCUUCUUUUUCAAAAAAUCUAUUUAGCACUCUUAUUAUCCAUCUUUUUUGAGUACUAACAAUAAUCAAAACUCUUUUUUUUUUUUUCGGGUUGAAUUCUUGAAAUGUAGUCGGCUUUGUAUUGAGGUUGAA